GGCUAAAAGGUUUGGAUAAACAUUUAUUAUUAAACAAACUUUGGGCCGUUCCAAUUUGGUCUCCUAUCCUCCAUGAACAAAAUCCAUUUUAUCUGGGAGUCUAUUUCACCAAACGUCUUGAAUUUACUAAAUUUGCCAUUACUGCCCCAACUCCGAAAACCCUAAAGUGACUAAAACCCCUCAAAUUAAAGCGUUGAAAUUACAGAACUGUAAACUAAUUUUGCAGAAAAUUUGCCCAGCAUCCAGAAAUUUCUUCCCGGGCCGGGCAGACAAAACCCUGUUUCCCCCUCACACAAACGCACUCGAAAAUGGUGUGGUUUCAGUGUGAAGACUGUGGAGACAACUUGAAGAAACCGAAGCUGCCCGGCCAUUUUCGGAUGUGCUCUGCGUCCAAGCUGUCGUGUAUUGAUUGUGGGGAAGUAUUUGGGCAGCACAAUGUUGAGAGUCACACUCAGUGCAUCACAGAAGCGGAAAAAUAUGGCCCAAAGGGCCAAGGGAAGGCGACAAGUAACUCAAACUCUAAGGCUAACAGUGCUUCAAAGCAGAAACCAGAUAUUGACUUAAAUGUUGGAUUAUCAAAACGUGCUCCAUGGUCUUGCAGCCUCUGUAAUACAACAGUUACUAGUCAGCAAACACUGCUUCUCCAUGCAGAAGGGAAAAAGCACAUAGCAAAAGCGAAGGCUUUUCAUGCUUCGAAGCAGCAGCUUAAAGAGGAACAAGAACCACUUUUAAAUAUUGAUGGUGAUGCAAAAACUGAAGCUGUUCAAUCCAUUGAGAAACAAGAUGAAGAGAAGUCUUCUGAUGUUGCCACCAAGCAGGCAGAAAAUGGUAAUUUGCCGUCAAACAAGAAAAGAAAGCUCGAGGCACCUGAAAAUGGGCAAAAGCCAGGGGUUGAUACAGCUACUGAAUUAGGCAAUGGUGAAGUUAUUCAGGUUAGAAAGAAAGUUAAAGGAACUGUAUCUGAAGAUGAAAAGGCAGAUUGCACCCCCAGAGUGGAAGAUAAGAAGAAGAAAAUAAAGUGGAAGAAGCUUAUCACGUCAUCCCUGCAAUCUAAUUCAAAUGGCCGUUUGAAACUAAAAAAGCUGAUCAAGCUAGUGUUGAAUUCUCUGAAGGAAUCUGGCCAUGCUAUUGACGAGAGCCAAGUUUCGGAAAUUCUCGAGCGAAAGAUCAAUUCGAGUUCCAGAUUUGAUAUUGACGGCAAAUAUGUCCAGCUAGCAGUGAAAAAUUAGGAGUUGGGAAUGCGUUUUCCAUUGUAUUAUUUCAAUUGGAACAAACUGCGAGUCCCAUUGAGAUUGAACCUCCAUAGGUAUAAGAAGAUAUCCUAGACUCCUGGUGCAUAUUUCUGGAGUAUCGGAUGAGAAAAAUUUUGAAGCCUACAAUUGUUGUUUUCCGGUGUAUACAUAUUGCUGAUUCUUGAGGACGUGUAGACCUUUGUACCAUUGAGGUGCACUGUACUGUUUGUGAAAGCGAUUACUCUACUUAUAUUAUUGGGUUUACUUUUGCGAUUGCCAAAUUUGUAAAAGCAUUCAAUUUUCUGCAAGGUCGCCUUUAUGGUACAUAAUUUUUUGUAAUCUGAGAUACAACUUGCAAAGGGAUACUUGAUUUUCCUAUUAUGUUUCACUUUCUCGGCACAGUAAAAUGAGCAAAGAAUUUA